AUGGAAGUCUUACUAUCGUUUCUUUCUGUAGCCGCGUUGUUUUUGACCUUCGUUGAUGGAGCUGGAUAUCUACAGGUGCGACCUCCCACCCUAGGACAGUGUUACUAUGAAGAUAUCAACAAAGCCCAUUUUAGCUACAAUAGGACUUUUUGUGAAGGACCAGCUUAUUGGUGCAAAAUUCACCUUUGUUGGAUAACAUGUGGAUCAAAGAGGAGACAAUCGCCAAUCAAUAUCGAUACAAGAAAAACAAAGUUUAGGUUUUUGUCAAGGCCAAAGUUCUACAAUCUAAACAAAAGAGUUCCUGCAACAGUUAGAAACACUGGUCAUGCACCGGAAUUCAACGUUGUACCAACUAAAUCCAAUGCCGAUAGGAUCAUUUUAUAUAAUGUUCCUGGCAGACCAAAAGAGAAGAAGUACGUAUUUGGUCAGUUACAUGUUCAUUUUGGAAGAAACGAUAAUCAAGGAUCUGAACAUUGUAUUGACAACAUAUUCAAACCGAUGGAGGCUCACUUGGUAUUUUACGACCUUAAUUAUGGCAAUCUUGGAGAUGCUAGAUCGAAAAAAGAUGGACUUGUGGGGAUAAGUGUGAUGGUAGAGGUAAGCGGUAAACACCAGAAAACCACCAAGUGUAAGAACGGAAGAAAAUGUAAAGCCAGAUUUGCAAAAAACCUCAGUAAUAUAAUGGAAAAGUACUAUGAACAAGUGCGAUGUUUUCCACUAGAGCAAUACAGCGAUUUUUUCAACAACAACAGAUUCGGGUUUUUUAGGAGAAGAAAUUCACGUUCUGAACAGUAUUGCGGAAGGACACUUAGUCAAGAUUAUAUACAAAAUAGAUGUCAAAAAGACCCGGAUGACACUUCAGUAAAAUUGCAAGUUACAGAAGGUAUCACACCUAAAGAUGUCCUGCCGUAUGACACAGAUCUAUUCUACACGUAUGCAGGAUCUCUUACGACACCCCCCUGUUAUGAAACUGUACAGUGGAUUAUUUACAAAUGUCCAAUUAAAGUUUCAAGCAAGGCUUUUAAUAUGCUUCAAUUUGUUGAGGAUUCACAGAAAGAUGAACUUAUGAAACUUGGUGUAAGGAGGCCUAUACAGGAAAAUAUGAAAGUGGUUGUAUACAGUAGUUUUUAA